AUGAAAGCGGGGAAAUGGAAGCAGAACAGCAAGAAGAAGAAAGGGAAUGUGGUCUUACAGAAGUACAUGAGUGCAGUGGGCGAGUUUGUUAAAAGUAAAAGUGGUCAGGAUCAGGAAGAAGCCGACGGGGACCAGAGAUUGCGAGCGGUGAAAACCCAAAGCAGAAAACAACUGCGCAAAGAAAAGAGAAAACUGAAAAAAGCCAAGAAGAAAAGCCACUAUGAAGGAAAAAAGAGCGUCGGUGUUGCCCCAGAUGUUGGUGAGAAGUUGGAAGGCGGGUCUGAAAGUCAGCCCCGGGGUCAGAAGAAGAAACCCGAUAAAUCAAAAACACAAUCAAAGAAGGCUCCCCCAGAGAAAUCAGACUCGUCCGGAUCCAAAUCCUCCCCCAAGAAAGGCAAGAAAACCAACAAGCUCCAAGAAUCCAGGAAAAUGGCUCUGCUGGAGGCAAACGAGCAAGAGGACAGGGAGAUAAAGAAGUUGGAGCGAUGCCUGGGGCUGAACAAGAGGAAAAACAAGAAAAGUCUCCCUCAGUCCUUCGUGAGCGAUGGCCUGGAUUACAUCUUGGGGGUGCUUGACUCCGGCUCAUCAGGAGCGAGGAUGUACGAGGAGGAAGACGAGGACAUGGACACUGCCAAGGAGAACUUUGAAAAGCUGGACGAGGAGGAAGACUCCUCCAUGUCAGACGAAGACGAGGAAGCUGAGAUGGAGAGCGAGGGAAGUGAGGAUGCUGAAGAGAUGGGGAGUGAGGAAGAUGAUGAGGCAGACGUGGAAGAGGAGGAGACGGACGAUGGCAGCGAGGUCAACCAAAGUGGUGCUGAUGAUGCUCCUGGCGAUGAAAGCGAGGAGGACACCGAGAGGCGACCUCUCCAUCCUGACGUCACGCCGCAGGCCGGCCCCGCGACGACCGGCAAGUACGUCCCGCCUCAGCUGCGAGACGCCGGAGAUGACAGACGCAAAGCUGAGCUGGAGGCGCUGAGGAGGAAAGUGAAAGGCCUGCUGAACAGGCUGAGCGAGCCCAACAUGGCCUUCAUCUGCGGCCAGCUGGAGGAGCUGUACAUGAGCCGCAGCAGGAAGGACAUGAGCGACACCCUGACGGACGUGCUGCUGGCGGCCUGCGUCACGCCGGACCGGAUGCCCGACCGGCUGCUGAUGGAGCACGUGCUGCUGGUCAGCAUCCUUCAUCACUCUGUGGGUCUGGAGGUGGGAGCCCAUUUCCUGGAGACGGUGGUGCGCAGGUUUGACGAGGCCUACAGGAGCGCCAGCGAGGACAAAGAGUGCGACAACCUGGUCGCCAUCGUCGCUCACCUCUACAACUUCCAGGUGGUGCACUCCGUCCUCAUAUUUGACGUUCUGAAGCUGCUGGUGGCGGCGUUCACAGAGAAGGACAUCGAGCUGGUUCUGUUCGUGCUGAGGACCGUCGGCUUCGGCCUGAGGAAGGACGACGCUCUCGCUCUCAAGGAGCUCAUCGCCGAAGCUCAGCGCAAGGCCGGCGACGCGGGGGCAAAGUUCACGGAUCAGACCAGGGUGCGUUUCAUGCUGGAAACCAUGUUGGCUUUAAAGAACAACGACAUGAGGAAGAUCCCGGGCUACGACCCCGAGCCUGUGGAGCGGCUCAGGAAGCUGCAGAGGACGCUGAUCCACGGCAGCGCUUCAGGCAGCGAUCUGAAGCUGAGGGUGUCUCUGGAAAACAUCCUGAAAGCGGAGCAGGUGGGCCGCUGGUGGAUCGUCGGCUCGUCGUGGAGCGGGGCGCCCAUGAUCAGCAAGCAAGACGACCCGACGUCAGAGCAGACUGCCGCCGGAGGACAGUUCAGCCAAAAGGUGUUAGAGCUGGCGAGGAAACAGAGGAUGAACACAGAGGUCCGGAGGAACAUCUUCUGUGUCCUUAUGACCAGUGAGGACUACCUGGAUGCUUUUGAGAAGUUGCUGAGGAUGGGCCUGAAGGACAAGCAGGAGAGAGAGAUCGUCCACGUUCUGAUGGACUGCUGUCUGCAGGAGAAAUCCUUUAACGCGUUUUACGCCGUUCUCGGAGAGAAGUUCUGCUCCCAAGAUCGACGCUUCCAGAUGACGUUCCAGUUCUCCUUAUGGGACAAGUUCAGAGAGCUGUCUAACCUGCCCAGCGGCGCCUUUAGCAAUCUGGUCCAGUUGGUCACUCACUUCCUUCAGAGGAAAUGCCUCUCGCUCGCCAUCCUCAAAGUGAUAGAGUUCGGGGAGUUGGAUAAGCCCAAGGUGCGCUUCCUACGUCAGGUGCUGACGAAACUGCUCAAAGAAACCGAGCCGGAGGAGAUAGCCGGCAUAUUUGGGAGGAUCUCAGGUAUUCCUAAGCUGGGCAUGCUGCGCGAGGGCUUGAAGCUUUUCAUCGGCCACUUCCUCCUGAAGAACUGCCGGUCUCAGGGGCCGGCCGAGCACGCUGCAUUGCUGCAGGAGCGCGCUCAGGUCGCCACCAAAGCAAUGGAGACCAAAGACGCCAAGCUCAAACUGUGAAACAGACCCCCAAACAUGUGCUGUGAUAAGGCGUGUUGGGCAGAAACAAAUCCACAAGGAACAGCCUAAAAAAACACACAAAUGGAGUAAGAAUGAUAGUGUAGUGUUGAAAUGCAGCGCUGAGAUCCACUUCUGGAGUUCAGCUAUAUUUGGCAUUCUCUGAUUUGUUUGCAAUAACUAAAGAUUUGUGUUUUCUCUGUAAUCUACAUUAUCAGAGUUAUCUGUGUAUAUUUGUUUAUAUAAAAAAUCCCAUUUCUCCACAUAACUAUUUUCUGACGUCUUGUUUAAUUUAAUUUCCUUUGUCUUGGUAUUUUAGCAUGUUUGCCCUCUUGGAGGCUGUGUGCACUCAAAGUCUGACUUUGUUGUGUGUGUUCUUUAUAUUCCCAGCAAAAAAAAAAAAAAGUUUUUACAUCCUAAACUCAA